AUGAGUGACUGUGAAGCAAGAGAGUCUACCCCACCCAAUCAAACAAACUUGAAUCCAAACCCUCGCCAAUCAUCCCGUAUCCGCACUCCCCUGCAGCGCCCUGGGUUUGUUCCAACACAGAUCAACUCCCGAAGAGCACAGCCGCGUUCUUGCUCCGCUCAACCCAAUGGCCAGAGGAAAAGCCAAAACACCGAGGAACCUGUAUCAGUUCCCGCAACAGACAGCCAGCCUCCUCCCCAACCCUCGAGUGGACCUGAAGUUUUGCCGGAUGUCGAACAAGAUUCUGAUGAAGAGAACAAAAAGGCCCCAAAGGACGACGAUCAGGUAUUUUUUUAG